UUUUUAGUUCAAAUUUCAAAAGGGGGCAUUUCUUCUCUUUGGUUUCAGCUCUUCGUCUUCCUCUCUUUGGUUUCAGCUUUCUACGAUAUUUCUCAUCAUUCCCUGGUCAGCUACUUCUUUCAAGAUCUCUUCUUGAAGUUCAUUAAACAGAGCCCUGAUAUCUACCAUACGAUCUUCAAUUUUACGAUCACCAAGAAUUGUGCUGUUUCUUUCUGGGUUCCUUUCAAUGGCCCCUACGCCUUCAUCUAAAUCCGUUCAAGGACAACCAACUCCACUAAGAACACCUCAAUCUAAACAUCGCCAAAAUUUAUUUCCGGUGAAAAGCACCCAUUCAUCUCCGAAUCCAACCUCUGCGGCUAAAGAAUAUUCACCGGCAGAGCAUCCAGUCGAAGUCAUUGGCCGAAUACGUGAUUACCCAGAUCGUAAAGACAAGCCCGUGUCAGCUUUGCACAUCUCUUCCGACAGACAGAGCGUUCGAGUCAGAACCGAUAUUGGGUACAGAAAUUUCAUUCUUGAUGGUGUUUCUACUUCUGAGGAAGAAGAUCUUGAUGGGUUCUACAAAAGAUUUGUGGAAUCCAGGAUAAAUGGCGUGAAAUUGGGGGCGAAAUGCACAAUCAUGAUGUACGGUCCAACGGGCUCUGGCAAAAGUCACACGAUGUUUGGGUGCGGAAAGCAGCCAGGAAUUGUAUAUAGAGCUCUGAAAGACAUUCUUGGUGAGGGGGAUGAAGAAAAAGAGAACAGCACAGAUGCCAAACGUUUCGGCUUCAGAUCAUUCGUUCAUGUUACCGUGUUGGAGAUAUACAAUGAGGAGAUCUACGAUCUUUUGUCAAAUAACAAUGGCGGAGGAUUAAGUCUUGGAUUAGCUAGGGGAAAUGCAUCAAAGGUGAGACUUGAAGUGAUGGGGAAAAAGGCAAAGAAUGCAACUUUUAUCUCUGGACAUGAAGCUGGAAAGAUAACCAAAGAGGUAGCAAAAGUGGAAAAGCGAAGGAUUGUCAAAAGCACUAACUGUAAUGACAGAAGCUCACGAAGUCACUGCAUGGUCAUCUUGGAUGUUCCUUCUGUGGGAGGAAGAUUGAUGCUUGUCGACAUGGCUGGUUCUGAAAAUAUUGAGCAGGCUGGCCAAAUUGGAUUCGAGGCAAAGAUGCAGACAGCAAAAAUCAACCAGGGAAAUAUUGCUCUGAAGAGGGUAGUUGAAUCCAUAGCAAAUGGGGAUUCUCAUGUUCCGUUCAGAGAUAGUAAGCUAACCAUGCUUCUGCAGGACUCUUUUGAGGAUGAUAAAUCAAAAAUCUUGAUGAUAUUGUGUGCAAGUCCUGAUCCCAAGGAGAUCCACAAGACUAUCUGCACUCUGGAAUAUGGGGCAAAAGCUAAGUGCAUUGUGCGUGGCUUUACUACACCAACCAAGGACAAAGAUGGAGCUGAGAAUGCCACCUCUGCUGUGGUUUUAGGUUCACGGAUUGCGGCCAUGGACCAAUUCAUUUUGAAGCUACAAAUGGAGAACAAGCUUAGGGAGAAAGAGCGCAAUGAAGCCCAUAAAGAGCUCUUGAGAAAGGAAGAAGAAAUUGCUGCUCUGAGGGCUAAGCUGGAGGCAAUUGAAGGGAGGGGUUUUGGAGCAAGUGAACAAGAGAUCAACUUGAAAGUCAAUGAGAGAACCCAGAUUCUGAAACUUGAGUUGGAGAAGAGGUUGCAGGAUUGCCACCAGAAGGCAAAUGAGUUUGUUGAGUUGGGAAGGAGGAGAAUGGAAGAGAAAAUAUUGCAACAGCAGCAGGAGGUUGAGAUGCUGAGGCAGAGGUUGGAAGAAAUUGAAACUGCACUUAACAGUUCAACAGACAUCAGCUGUGACAAGAACAGCUUACAAGAUCUGGAUGGAAGCAGCCUCGCAAAAAGGCUAAUGGAAAUCUAUUCUGAUGGAGAACAUGGAAUGGAGAAAUCCAUGGACCUUGAUAUGGGGGAUACACAACCACUUGUUCAUCAUGUCAAAGUGAUAGAUGGGGGUGUACACCAAACUGGUAACUUAGGUAAUCAUACUCAGUUUAAUGCUCAACGUUGGACUGCUAAGGGAGAAGAAGAAGUUGAGGAUAUGGUUGUUGCACAGAGAUUCCCAGAGAAAGUAUAUUUGAGCACCGUAUUCGAAGAUGAAGAAGGAGAAGACAAAGAAAAUGUGGAUAAUGAAGAGGUGAAGAAAGUAGUAGAGGAAACAGCUUCACCAUUUAGCAGGAAUAAUGGGUCUAGUCCAGUGACCAACUUGAAUAUGGGUUGUUAUGCAGCUAGUCCACUGAAGCUUGUAUCUGUACCACAUUCUUGUGGAAAUGAUGCAGAAAAUGUCGAUCAUAGAAGAAACAGAUCUGAGGAGAAACAUGUAAGUCCAGGAGUGAUGGGUGAAUCAGAAAAUGCAAAAGAUCCCAUCUCUGCUAGAAGAACAAGGAUCCAAAAUAUUUUCAUGCUCUGUGGGAAUCACAGAGAGCUUGGCCAACAUGUCAGAAUUCCAACACCUUACCCAAAAAGGGCCCAAGCUUCUGACAUCCAAUCAUCUCCGAUGAGGGCAGUCGAUAAUGAGUCAGUCACGAUGAAAUCUCUUUCCAACAAAAUAUCAGAGCUUCAAACUGUUAAUGUGCCUGGGUUUGGAUUGAGUGAUCGAGUUCUGGCCGAUGUAACAGAAAAGAACAUCAUAGAAACACCAAAUCAAACACUCAUGAGGAGAGUGGAAACUGCACCGCUGAACAGAAAUUGGUGGUCCUCUCCUGACAAAGCCCAAGACUCAAAAGAGAACAACAAACCAGGAGAUGGGAACACAGAUAGUCUCAUUGACGUGUACGUGAAGUGGGAGGCCUCAAAAGAGAAAUCUGGGAAAUUUAUUACGAAGUUGAAGGUUGUAAAGGAUUCAAGCCUUGCUGAUCUGCGGAAGCUGAUUGAGACCCAUCUUGUGGAGGACAAUACUACCAAGAGAGCAUUCACUUUUCUCAUGCUUGGGGAUCCCACAGGAGCUCCAGUUGUGAAAGAGAAGGAAGCAACAAUUCAAGCAAGCCAACUCCCUAUUUGCAACAACCAGUUGAGUGGCCACCUGGCUUGCUUGCGUCUAGUCAAGGCAACCCAACGGGGUAGUCCUCUCUCCUUUAGCUCACUGGAGAACAAACUUCCAAAUGUACUACCAAGUGUGUUACCUGUAUAAGAAUGUGUAAUACUUGUAUAAAACCCUUUGACCAUAUCAUGGUGU